AUGGAGAAUGAAAAUUCGGGGCCGUUACCCGACACUAGGCCUGCAAAAGAGAGGACAAACGUCUAUUCUGUCCCCCCUUUUUCGUAUUACGUCGCGCCCAAAGAGGGAGAGCCCCCGGAAGAACCCUCGCCACCCACUUCAAAGGCGCACGAGCCUUUUUAUAACUCGGAACCUAUCUUUGGGGCUGGAGAGCGCUGCUUCUAUGCACCGCCCCAAACAUUCCCGGCGAACAAUUUUGGUCGCUCUCUUGAGCAGCAGCGAUAUUUGAGAGAAAUCAAUAAACCAUGUAUUAUUUCGUUGUGGGAUCAGGCUUGUUUGGGCCACCUGUUCCCUGGCAUGUUUGAGGGCAAGAUUGACGCUAUGGAGUUGUUCCAUCUUCUUAAGAUGGUUCUCAUGGUGAUGAUUAACUCUGUGACUGUGGCGAUUAAUGUGUUUUACGGCACAACAGCCUCAGCGAACUUUCUUGAUUGGGCCAGGACAAUGUCCGGGGUUGUUUUCUUUUCCGAGUUCUUGGUGGUAUACGCCUUGUUCCUGUUUCUCAUCAUUGUCACACUACAUGCAAUGGUGUGUGACAAUGUCGGCGCCAAGCUUGCCGGUGACAUCGCUGCUCUUUCAAAUAGGAUAUCCACAUUUUCUGUAUUUCGUGUUGUGGCGAUAGUUUCUCCGGCCUUUGCCAUUAACCGCAUUUUUCCUAUAUUUCAAAAUGCAAUGACUCUCACGGAUUACCUCAGGGCGGUCGUCCUUCUUCUGUUGUGGCUGUGUGCGUGUUUCUUGGCGAUGGCGGCUGUCAUGCUGAAGAUGACCCAGAUUAGCUUUACAAGCACUCAGAGUAUCACUAACUGGUCUCUUAGUGAGUUCAUUCAACUCAUUGGCCUCACUAUGAAUUUGGCUCGUUUAGAUGAUUCCUACACAACAGAAACUGAGGUGUUGCUGGAUGCAGUUCAUCACCACUUUUGCAGCCCUGGAAUUCCAAGGGGUCUCAAUCGUGCGGAGUGUUUAUACACCCGCGUUUGCGACUAUUUAUCCCUUUCACGCCCCACAAACUAUGAAUACUUUGACGUCAUCUUUAACUACCACUUUAAAUACAAGCAGGAUUCAGAGAAAAUGACAGUGUGCAUGAAGCUGCGCAAAAUGUUGAAUUAUUUGGCCUUUGUACUUCGAAUGGACAAUUCCGUCCUGCGCCGCUUGCUCCAGAUGUCACAAUCACCUCUUCCCUUCUUUCAGAUGGGGCGUGACGCCUUCGUUCAAUCCUUCAAGGAGCACGACGAGUUGGGUAUGCUCGUUGCGGUAUGGCGCAGCGAUCCCGCAUCGGUGCCGGUAAAGAUGUUUGCAAGGGAAAAUAAAAAAGGGUUUGACGUCACCUACACCUGUGCAGAUGGCCGCGAGGUGUGGGAUGUGGAAAACUUGUCCCAGCUUCAGACUAACUCGGAGUCAGAGAAGAAGUUUUACGAUGAUAUUGUGGGAGCUUGUCACUUAUUUAUGUAG